CGGAGGGCGGGCGGCCCGGCGCUGGGAGGAGGUGGCGGGGGCACCGCGGGCGGGAGGAGCCGGAGCCGCUGCCGGGAGGGGAGCGGGGGCUGCGCCGCCGCCCCGCGUCCCGCCAUGCCGCUCUUUGCCACCAACCCCUUCGACCAGGAUGUGGAGAAAGCAACGAGUGAAAUGAACACUGCAGAGGACUGGGGACUCAUCUUGGACAUCUGUGAUAAAGUUGGACAGUCACGCACAGGGCCUAAGGACUGUCUCCGUUCUAUUAUGAAGAGAGUUAACCAUAAAGAUCCCCAUGUUGCUAUGCAAGCAUUAACACUUCUAGGAGCAUGCGUAUCAAACUGCGGUAAAAUCUUUCAUUUAGAAGUCUGUUCAAGAGAUUUUGCCAGUGAAGUAAGCAAUGUGUUAAAUAAGGGUCAUCCCAAAGUUUGUGAAAAGCUGAAAGCCCUUAUGGUGGAAUGGACUGAUGAAUUCAAGAAUGACCCACAGCUUAGUUUGAUUUCUGCUAUGAUAAAAAAUCUUAAGGAGCAAGGAGUUACCUUCCCAGCUAUUGGUUCACAGGCAGCUGAACAGGCGAAAGCAAGUCCAGCUUUAGUUGCCAAAGAUCCUGGUACGGUAGCCAACAAAAAGGAAGAGGAGGAUUUAGCUAAAGCUAUCGAACUGUCACUAAAAGAACAAAGGCAACAGCAAACAACACUUUCCACUUUGUAUCCAAGCACGUCAAGCCUUUUAACAAAUCACAAACAUGAAGGCCGAAAGGUUCGUGCAAUCUAUGAUUUUGAGGCUGCUGAAGACAACGAAUUAACUUUUAAAGCUGGGGAACUUAUAACUAUCCUUGAUGACAGUGAUCCAAAUUGGUGGAAAGGUGAAACUCAUCAGGGUGUAGGAUUGUUUCCAUCUAAUUUUGUAACAGCUGAUCUUUCUGCUGAGCCAGAAAUGAUGAAAGCUGAGAAGAAAACAGUGCAGUUCAGUGAUGAAGUUCAAGUUGAGACAAUAGAACCUGAGCCUGAACCAGUUUAUAUUGAUGAAGAUAAAAUGGACCAACUCUUGCAGAUGUUACAAAGCGCAGAUCCAUCUGAUGACCAGCCAGACCUCCCAGAACUGCUUCAUCUGGAGGCAAUGUGCCACCAAAUGGGACCUCUCAUAGAUGAAAAGUUGGAAGAUAUAGACAGGAAACAUUCAGAACUUUCAGAGCUCAAUGUUAAAGCAAUGGAGGCUCUUUCUUUAUAUAACAAAUUGAUGAACGAAGACCCAAUGUAUUCCAUGUAUGCAAAACUACAAAACCAACAGUAUUAUAUGCAGUCAUCUGGUGUUUCUGGCUCUCAGGUUUACCCAGGGCAACCUCAAAGUAAUGCAUAUUUGGUGACAGGGAGCGCACAGAUGGGCCAUAUUCAAGGUUAUAAUCUUCCUCCUGAACAACUCUCUUCUCUCAGCCAAGGCACGGUCACUCCAUCUGCCAGCUCAGUGCUGCCUGGUCAGCCCGCACAGACAUCUUACACAAACGCAAUGGUUGGCUCUGUUGCCGGGAAUACUUACUCUAACCAGGCUUCGGUGUAUAGUCCACCACCUGCUACUGUUGAUGUUGCUGCUUAUCAGAAUGCUGGAACUAAUAUGUCCCAGGUGCCAAACUAUAACUUAGCAUCUACACCUCUUCCACAGACAGCAGGCAGCCAACAAGCACCUCCACAACCACCACAGCCUCCACCACCUCAACAGCCACAGCAUAGUUACUCACAGAAGGCUCUGCUAUAGGAUCCAGAACUUCUGAUUCCUAAUCUUCUUUAACCUCUGCUAAAGGCAGUUGGCAGUUCUGUGAGUUUCUUCCUUUAAUCUCUUAAACUUUGUUUAUCCUCAGCUUAAUAAGAAUCUAUCUUGGUGAACAAGUUCAAUUUGCACUGACUUUCUAGGAUUUUUUUUUUUUUUUUUUUUUUUUAAUUUUGCAGAGGAACGGAUAUACUUAGGACAUUUAAUUCCUUCUAAAAUGCCUAAAAGUUGGUACAAGAUUAUUUAUGUCUGGUAAAAUUGGCUAGUCUGUGAAAACAACACUUGCAAACUGUUGUGGCAUAUAUGUUAUGUACAUAUAGUGUGUGAUUGCGAUAGUGGCUAUUUUGUAUAGCUAUGGUGAUCAUGUGAAUAUAUUUAACACAAUGUUUAAAAAUAAUUUACUAUUUUAUUUUAAUCAUGAACUGACAACCAUGUUUCAUAGUUUUGUCUAGUUUUAUGACAGAUGUGUUGUCUUUUUCCAAUGCAGGAGAAGCAGUAAUUCUGCAUAUUAUGGUUACACUUACAAGCUAAGGUCUAUAUAUGGAUUUACAAACUUAUCUGAGUUUCAUUGCUUCUUGAAUUGAACACAAAUGUAUCAUGACUAUUAGACGGCUUAUCUACCAAAGUAAACUAGGUAACUAGUAAGUGAUUUGGGGGGAUAACAGCAAAUUAUGAUUCUGCUUCAGAUAUAAUUAAUAACUUAAAACUAAUAUUCAGAGGCUGCUAAACAUAUCAUGGGACCAUGCAACAGGAUCUUGCAUUUUAUCAUAAGAAGCAUGUAAUUUAUUUUUUCCAUGUUAGUUUUUACAAUGAGAACUGAACUGUAUUUGAUGUGUGUUGGUAGAGAUUUCACCAAAGACAGAGGAAUUCAGUUGGAGGAAAAACAAUGGAAUUUUAAACUGGAACAUGCAACAUGAUCAACACUACUUUACUCAAGUCUUCUUAAUUAGAACAUUGAGAGUUACAGACGUUUAAAUCACUUUGCUGAACAAACCUUCAGGGCUUUAUUUUAUCUCUUGUGGCCUUGCUUAGCAAUUUGUUCUGUUUACUGUUCUUACACAAACACUUCUGCCUUAAACAUCUGUUUCAAUUUCCAGUUGUACCAUUUGACUCUUAGCCCUUCUAUAGUCUGAAUAGUAUAUGAGGCAUCUUGUUUUCAUUCACUUUCAGGUUAAUUUGAAUUCUUUUCUGCAGCAAUGUGCAUUAGCCUUUGUUAAACCCUUGCAUUUCUCAGUAAAUUUAGCCAGGUGGUUCUUUAAGGCAUGAUAUUUUCUUUCUACAGCUUAGGGUGCUGCAAAAAGAAGAUGGUAAUGGAAGGCAACAUUUAAGAUAUGCCUGGUGAGAGCUUCUUGUACAAAGACUGUUGUUACUUUGCAUUUAUAUUCAAUCUGUUAAUGCAUCCUGGUUUCCUUGUAUCUUUUCCAGUGACUCUAAUUCCAAUUAGAGCAAUACUUGAUGGCUUCAAGAUCAGAUCUGUGUUUUGAGUCUUGUUAGUGUGUAUGUCAGAAAUCGUUCACUUUUGUGUACUAUAUUUUCGUGUGAUGCUUCUGGAAUUAAAUGUUGCAGUUGUACAUUGUACUAUGAGCUGACCUCAGCGAUCCCAUACACUCCUGCAUCUCUUUACGGUUACCUAACAUGCCUUUGUUUCACUCUUUUAAUAGACGCUGGUGUUGACGCUGAUUUUUUGCCUGUUAAUGCUUUCCAGUGACUGCUGUGCAUGACUUCUAACUGGGGUGGUUAGAAAACAUGCCCAUAGCUGAUGUGUUCCAGUUGGGGAUGUUCUAGCUAGCUGGCUGGGUUGAUACUAGUAUUUUCACGUAUUGUUCUUCUCCAGAAUUCUUUAGCACCUUCACAGACUGUCUUUACUUCAGUACUUGGUGUCAUCCCAAAAGCCUAAGGAAUUUGAAAGGAAACACGAAAAAAGAAAUGUCCCACAUAUUGUGUAAUAAUUUUUUGAUAGAUUGAAAAGGAAACUACUACACACUCUUUCUAAAGUAGUAUUUAUAUAGUGUUCUCUGUAUGCUUUACAUACCUUAUUUCAAAUCAGAGACACAAUAUAUAUACCAAUGUAUAAUUUCUACACAAAAGUGAAAAUAACUGUUUCCUCCAUAGUUCUUAGGCCGUGAUUCAAGGAGAAGCUUGAAGCAUCAUAAUGGUCCAGCCAACGUUGACUACUUGUAUUCCUAGGUUUUCACGUGUUGUCACAUGUUGCCUAAUAUAGACCUAUGGAAUUUCUGUACCAAAACGGCUCUGCAAAAGUACUUUUUGUUACCAAUUUGCAUUUGUUUUUUAAAUUUUUGAUGUCGCUUUUCCUUUACACACAGAAACGCAUGUUACUGGUUUCUCUUUUGAACACUGACAACUUAUGUGUAUCUUAAGUUUUUCUGCUUUCCAAGUUACUUAUUUGGGGCAUUUAUCCAUCUUUAAGAAAAUUAAAAUGACUAGAAAACACUUUCUAAAAUGCAGUGCCACUGUAAAUUCAGUGUAAUAAAACUUGUGGAAACAAAGAUGGGCACUUCCUUUACACACUUAUUAGUCACUGCUUCAAGGUAUCUCCAGUAACAAAUUGUGGAUUUUAGUUGAUUUUGUAUCAGUUUUCGUUGUCCACAAUUGGUGCAGUAGGUCACUGCGUGUUUAGGUUCAGAGUCUUAGCAUUUCUGUUGCAUACUACAGUUUCCAUUUCAGAUGCAAUUUUCAGCUGUAUUACUUCAUGUUGAUUUUUCUCAUUUAUGAGAACAGAUGAUUUUGUCCUCUCGCCUGAUUGUGUCCCAUAUGGCAGAUUCUCUGAAGUGAUACUCCCUGCCUUGCUAGAUGCUGCCUUGCAGAAAUUCCUUCACUCAUCUUUCUUGCAUCCUUUCUAACUGAUAAUUUAGCAAUUCUGUUUCAACUCACUUUGUCUCUGCUGGUUUAGUAGCAUUAACCUGGAGAUGCUGGGGCUUCUCUGCUAUGAUUUAUUCUGAGAUCUCUCAUUUAUGCAUUGUUUUAACCAAGUUUGUGUGUGUUUUGUCUCACUGUGGUAUUGAACACUGAAAUAUGGACAUGUACAGCUGCUGUAUGAAAAGCUUUUUAGCAAAUGAAUAAAAUGUCAGAAAAUUAAUCCAUUGGAAGAUUAAGAAUCCCUAGAAAUUGUUAUUCAUGUUCCAAUAGAAGAUUUGAAAUUUUUGAAUGUCUUGAUUCUUUACAUGUAAAUUGUCAAUGAAAGGCUAAAAUGUUUUCAUAAUAUUUUGUAUAACCCUUUGUUAUUUAACUCUUUCAUAAAGGAAUACAAAAAUGUUAAUUAACUUCAGAAGGUAUAUUUUAGUGGCUUGGUUAUCAUGAACUGGAGCAAACUUUGGAAAGUGCCUUCUGUGCGUUUCUCUUCUAUAAUAUAAACAAAGCUUGUUUACACAUGUGUAUCAUCUCAGUUUAUGUGGGCAUAACAAAGAUGUCAAGAUUUACUGUAAAACAUCCCAGGAAACAUACUGAGGCAGUGUGUUAAAAUUUGCUAAAUUGAUGUCAUGGUAGUGUGUUCCAGAGCGAGCAGCUGCAGGAAUGGUUGCAAUGUAUUUACCCACUUUUAUUUCAUGACUGGUACCCAUGUAGAUCUGUAUUUAAUGUCAUUGUCCAAAGUACAAAUAGACAACAGCAAAACAGCAGUAAAAAGGAACAAAAUGUAAGAAUUACUACAUGCUUCCCAAGAGGUGUGGAGCAGCAUAUUGCCCUCAUGGUGCAGUUUUAUUCCUGGCUUUUGAGAGUGGAGACAGGGACAGAUCUGAAUUUGAGUAACCAGAACUUCAGAGAAUUUUUCCAGAUUAUAAAUGCCGUGAUGUAACAAAGGAGAUAAAUUUGCUUUUAACAGCAUGUACGUAUUCUGCAGAUCAAAUCUAGGCUGAUACUAUAGUUCUCUGAUUUCUUCUAGAUGGCAGGAACAUCAGAUUUACACUGGAGAACUGCUUAAUACCUCAUUCUUGCAAUGUUUUUUGUAUUUUCUCUAAUAUCACUUACCUUAUUUUUCACUCAUAUUUCAAAGCUAUCUGUGCAGUCUUUACAUAUAAAGGUCUUACCUUAUUCCUUGUCUGCUGGGUUUCACAGAAUGAAAAUGAACAUCUCUAAUUACAACAGCUACAAUGGCACUUUGAAUUACAGAACUACAGCUUCCUUUGGAGAAAAUGCUUGUAUCUGUCUUGAAGAACAAGGGAACAUAAUUUUUCCAGUUAAAAAUUAGAAGGAGGUAUUUUUUUUAAAGGGUAAAGUAAAAGUUAAAAAAAACCUCCCAUGCUAACAGCAGGCAGAAUCAUUUUUUUACUCUGUUACGCAAAAGUAUUAAAUUUGACCAGUUUCACACUACAGAUACUCCUUUUUCAUUUUCAGCUGCAGUAAAGAAUAAUAACCUUUAUGUGUAUACUAUCCAACACCAUAGUAAAACAUGGGAAGGCCCUGACAUUUGAACUUGCUUCAAUAUGUUAAAAACACUACAUAAGUUUUGAAGCUUCGUUUCUUAAAUUGGGGCGUUUGCAUUUACAAACAUUCCAUUUGAUACUAUGUAAAAUUGCAGAUAUCAAGUUCACUUUUCAUGCUGCUGCCUUGGCAAAAAGGUGGUAGAACUUUUUGUUCUUUUAUCCUGCAUGUACUUCUGAAAAUCCAAAUAAUUUUUAUCUUUGUCAUGAAAAAGAAAAGAAGCCUGCUGCAGUCUGUUUUGGUUUCAAUAAAGUGUACACAGUAGCAAAGUGCAUUUUUUGGUUUUGUUUGUUUUGAUGCUUCCUCUGAUGUUGGCAUAUGUAUAUAUUUAGAUAUACUGCACUGUUGUACAAGAACUGUUUUAGUAAAUAACACUUUGUAAAAACUGUUUGGUUUGGUAUGAAUGCAAAAUAUUAAAGUUGGAGUAUUUAGUUCAUUACGUUGCAAAGUCAAUUUAUAAAUUGCAUGGAAAAAUAAUCAGAAAAGAAAUUCCUUUGCUGGAAGGACUUGGAGAUACAGUAGGCAAGGUCUGUUAGAUGUACUUAGCUCAAAUUUUCACCAGGUUAGCAGUUGCACUUUGCAUCCUCCUUACAGAAGUGCUGAAUAUCCAUCAGAAUAAUGUGGUGUGGUUGGUAAAGCCUGUCACCAGAGAGGUGACAAACUCAUUUGAUGGGUCAGUGUCUCUAUUUACCACUUUUUGGCUAUAGCAAGCACAUAUAUCAAGAAGAGGAUCCCUUCAAUGUAUCCAUGCCUGGGCCACUUAAUUUUGUGCAGUUUAUUCUAUAGUGGGUUUCUAAGCUAGAUUUACUAAUAAGCAAACAAAUCUGCCCUCUCUGCUACUGAAAUCACACUAGAAUCUAUUUCUGGCCAGUUGUGAUUGAUGCUGCUGUUGACUCAUGCAUCCUCAGGUAUUUGUGGAUUAUGCAGAUGUAUUUUAUUUUUGCAAACUGUGUGUCAGACUGUCACAAUUUACUGUGUUUCACAGAGGGUGUGAACAUUCAGUUCCCUUGGUUUUAAUGUCGUUUAGACUUGUGAAAAUGUCCCCACAUUAUCCUUCUUCUUUGUUCCCCUGGUGGCAUACUCUUAUAGCCGCUGCUGAAGAAUUGUGGCAGAGUUCGUUUAGCCAAACUUGGCAGCAAAAAACACAUGACCAGAGGAAUAUAAUAUAAUUUACAUUAAAAUGUGUUUUAGCUAAGAAUUAAUGCAAGUCUCGGCUCAGCUGAGGACAGAAGUCAUGGUUUCCUGGAACUAUGCAAGAACACAGGGUCAGUACCAACCAUCUCACUGAAACAUGCUACUGAAAUGUUCAAAUAUAUUUUUCAGAGAAACCGUAGGUGGUUAAAAGACUUGUGUUAAGGGUGUGUACCUCCUGGUACAGUGAGGAAAAACAAAUAGUGAAGAUUUUUUUGCUUUGACAGAGUCCUCGAUCUUACUUCGUAGCAAAUUUCUUGGCAGCUUCCAUGGAAUCAUGAUUUAUAUUCUCUGAUUUUGUGGAUAAGGACAAUGAAGUAGGAUUCAGCAUUAGUACUUUUUAAAACUCUUCCCUCUCACUUAACUAUAAAGUAGGUAAUUUUAAUUUAGUAAUUUAUCUUACUAAGCUUGUUUUCUCUCAAAGCAGACAUGCUUUUUUACUCUUAAGCACAACUUAUCUUCCGGAUAAUCAAGGCUUCCUGAAAACGUCAGCUGUUCCUUCCAAGGUUGUGGAGUUCCACUGAUCACUUCAGGGGGCAGUUAUUUGCCUUGGUUGUCCAAACCAGUCUCUAGUUUUGCUUCUUCCAAGAACUAGACUCCUUUGAAUUUGUCUGUCCAUGUGGCUUAAACUGAGACCAGAUUUGUUGCUCAGGUUUCUUUAUUCAGGACAGAUAGUAGGUAGCAAGCAACCAAAUGCAUAGCUGCAAAAAACGCUUGAGCUGAGCAGCGUUCAGUGAGGUCCUGUAGCUCAGCAGUGAUAAUGCAAAGAAUCCAAAUCCCAGCUCUCCUGUACAUAUAUUCAGUCAGUUCUAUAUACUAUGUAUUUCCUAAUAGUUAUCUCCCUCUUUCAUACUUCCAUAUGCUUUCUCAUACUUGAUACUUAUAGUAGGUAUGCAAAUGAUACUAAAGGUUAGUAAAUCAUAAAUUUAAUUAAUUUUAUGUGUACAUGUAUAUUUCUUUGGACACUUCCACUCUGCAGAUUGUCCUUCCACAACAAUACAGGUGUCUUGGGGAGCCUUUAAGUUGUUUCCUGAAAUGAAGACAGUCCUGCUCUUUAAUCUCUGAAGUACUAUCUCUUUCCCUCAUCACUGGUUCAAUCAAACAACUGCUAUAAUUGGGCUGUGUAUUUUUCAAAUAUCUGUAAUGUUGCUUUGGUCUACAGCAUAUUCUCAAUAUAGCACCUUGCCAUUAACUUUGGAUCAUCACUUUCUGAUU